GAUUGAACCGAGAACUUUCCGCAGUAGCGCUUCGAUCCCGGCCACGCGGACGUACGGACGCAGGCGCGCGCGCGUCGGGGGACCUUCGUAACGUUGUGAGAGCGAAGAGUCGUGUGGCUUGAAUCACUGACCGUUUCAGCGGAUCCUUUUCAGUAACACAGCGUAGAGCGGCAUCGCCUGGGUUUGCAGCGCAAAAACAAAAGAAAAUGACUCAGUUUAACAAGGGACCGGCCUACGGAUUGUCGGCUGAAGUGAAAAGCAAGAUCGCCCAGAAGUAUGACAUGCAGAAGGAGGAGGAACUGCGUUACUGGAUCGAGGAGGUGACUGGCAUGCCCAUCGGAGAGAACUUCCAGAAGGGUCUGAAGGAUGGGGUCAUCCUGUGCGAAUUAAUUAACAAAUUACAGCCUGGCUCUGUAAAGAAAAUCAAUAAUUCACAACUGAACUGGCAUAAGUUGGAAAAUCUAGGGAACUUCAUUAAAGCAAUACUAGCAUAUGGCUUGAAGCCCAAUGACAUCUUUGAAGCGAAUGAUCUCUUUGAAAAUGGGAAUAUGACUCAAGUUCAAACCACACUCCUCGCAUUGGCCAGUAUGGCAAAGACCAAAGGUAUGGACACAAAAAUCGACAUUGGUGUGAAAUAUGCAGACAGACAAAUGCGUAAUUUUGACGAAGAGAAAAUGAAGGCUGGCCAGUGUGUUAUUGGACUGCAGAUGGGGACCAACAAGUGUGCCAGCCAGGCUGGGAUGACCGCAUAUGGGACGAGAAGACACCUUUAUGACCCGAAGAUGCAGACUGACAAGCCUUAUGACCAGACAACCAUCAGCCUUCAGAUGGGGACAAACAAAGGGGCCAGUCAGGCUGGGAUGCCAGCCCCUGGAACCAGAAGGGACAUCUAUGACCAGAAGGUGGCUCUGCAGCCGAUGGACUCCACCACCAUCUCCCUGCAAAUGGGCACGAAUAAGGUGGCCUCCCAGAAGGGCAUGAGUGUGUAUGGCCUGGGCCGCCAGGUGUAUGACCCCAAGUAUUGCCCCCCACCCCAAGAUCCCACCAUUCACACCAACGGCAGCCAGGGCACGGGCACCAACGGCUCAGAGAUCAGCGACAGUGACUAUCAGGCAGAAUACCCUGACGAGUAUCAUGGUGGCUACCAGGAUGAGUAUGGCGGUCACUACGAUGAUCAGGGCGUUGACUAUUAGGAAGCGCAUGUGGUGGCUAGAGCAGUAUUAAGAAUUAUGUUUUAUCAACAGAGCAAGUCUUUUGCUUCCCUCGCUAGUCUUCCAUAUUUUAUGCAAAAAGUGAAAUAUUGCCUUAAAAGCAUUCCUUUCCCUGUUUGAACAGCAGCCUUGUAGUUUUCUGUAGAAAUGCAGAGAUACAAAGGACUUAUGCGGUUAAAACAUUCCUUUUUUAAUCUUUUUUUUUUAAAAAAAAAAAAAACCUUUUACGAAGUAUGGAAUACUCCUAACAUUCUUUCUGGUCACAUAUGCCUUUUUACACAAUUCUGGCAGUUUCUGUGUCUCUGCUGUCAUAGUAGAGGUGGAAUUCGAAGAAUGUAUUGAUUAGAUUGGUAUCUGUUUUAGUGGAGCAAAGUACACAAAGGUUUGUGUUUUAAUUUGACUGGCAAUCACUGGAACUUAAUAUUCAUAGAGCAGUGACUGGUGAGGAAGUGAAUGGACAAAAUGACCAAAUACAGGUUUUGUUUCACUUUUUUUUUUUUUUUUCCUCUCUCUCCUUUGUGCCAUAAUAUCCCCAGUGUACUUAAGAAUUCCAAGUUCCCCAAUGUAUUUAUUGUCAUGUCUUUCCAGUAUCAACAAGUUGAUUUCUGUUAUAUGAUUCUUUUUAAGAAUACAUUGAAUGUUAAAUAAAAUCUUAAUUCCUUUGUUGCUUAAGCUUAUAUCCAUGUAGGUGAUGUGACUGUGCUUAACUGUAUACUUAAUUUCAGGUAAUAAUUUGGAUGAGAGCAUAACAUGACUCCCUUGUCAUAAAUCAUAUUGAAAAAAA